AUGGCUCAUCAGCAGGGGCAUCCUUAUCAUCAGUUUCUUCCCCCAGAGCUCUUAAGGAUGCCGCAAAGAUCUCGCAACGAACAAGAUCUGAUCCACCUUCCUCCUAGCUACUACACCCAGGACCACACCCUCCCGGUCUACCAUCAGCAGGUAUUGCAGCCUACUCCGUACACCAUCCACCCGCAGCAGAUUCUCCCUCCUCGAAGCACAGAGAUGCAGCAUCCAUUCCUGGUACAGCAGACGCUCGAGCGUCAGCAGCAUAUGCCGCAUGGACUGCCGGACCUGUUCCUGGUACAGCAGACGCUCGAGCGUCAGCAGCAUAUGCCGCAUGGACUGCCGGACCCGUUCCUGGUACAGCAGACGCUCGAGCGUCAGCAGCAUAUGCCGCAUGGACUGCCGGACCCGUUCCUGGUACAGCAGACGCUCGAGCGUCAGCAGCAUAUGCCGCAUGGACUGCCGGACCCGUUCCUGGUACAGCAGACGCUCGAGCGUCAGCAGCAUAUGCCGCAUGGACUGCCGGACCCGUUCCUGGUACAGCAGACGCUCGAGCGUCAGCAGCAUAUGCCGCAUGGACUGCCGGACCCGUUCCUGGUACAGCAGACGCUCGAGCGUCAGCAGCAUAUGCCGCAUGGACUGCCGGACCCGUUCCUGGUACAGCAGACGCUCGAGCGUCAGCAGCAUAUGCCGCAUGGACUGCCGGACCCGUUCCUGGUACAGCAGACGCUCGAGCGUCAGCAGCAUAUGCCGCAUGGACUGCCGGACCCGUUCCUGGUACAGCAGACGCUCGAGCGUCAGCAGCAUAUGCCGCAUGGACUGCCGGAUCCUCUUAUCAGUGACGGGGCUCGCAGUCGUGCAGGCGUUUCCUCUCCGUCGGCCAAGGACCUUCACUUGUCGUCAUGGCGUGCGAUGGAAGGCGAAGAGUCUCCAUGGACCGAGGCACUGGAGCGACACGUCGAGAGAGGAGGAGGGCAGCGCGCGGCUGCUGGGAUGAACGUGGAGGAGCCAACGAAGCCUCGUGUUAGCUACAUGGAUGAAGAUGCUGCUGGUAUGGUCAGCGGUGAACGUGAAGGACUCGAGGAGGAGGGAGGAGAAAUUUGCGGGAAGCGCGUCCUACAACCUUCCUCUGCUGGGCCCGAAGGCGAUUGA